UUUUAUUGUUACAAUGCCUUGUCUUACAUUGCGUGCAGACAGCAAACAAAGGCAUCACCAAGAGACUACCACAACGAUGGAGCCUUGAUCUUAUGUCGUAAUCAAUUCACAAAUUACCUUUCUUAAAAUUCGUGUUAUUCUUAUUUAUUGAUUCUUCGCAGGUCACUCCAUGUCCCCGGUGAUAUGGCUAUGAUGACUGCUAAGGUAGGAAAUACUACAAUCCGUCCAACUAUUCCAGUCCAGCCUACAACGACACCCAUCAGUCCAUAUGAGAACAUCGAAAUCAACGAUUCCCUCAUUAACUUCAGUCCCUAUCGGCAGACUGCAUGGCUACAACGUAGUGAAAAUUGGCUUAACCUCCCGAAAGACUGGUUUCCUAGAAAAGUGCUUGGAAGAGGCACGUAUGGAAUUGUUGGACGAUGGGAUUAUAAUGGCGACAACACUGCUAUGCCUCGAUCCAUUGCCGUGAAACAGACCGGUGUCACAAAGGCCGGACCACUGAUGCUUGAGUCCAAGCUACUACGUUUGCUAACGUUGGUGGGUGACGAGCAUAUAAUCAAACUCUACAAAGGUUGUCAUCUGGAAGGCGGCAGUGGUACUGACAGGGAGCUUGACCCUCUGCCUUACUCGCCAGAUACAUUCGCGGGACCCAAAGAACUUGAUGUAUCAAAGAUCUAUAUUGAGUUCAUGCCCGGUGGUGAUGCCAGACAAUGGCUUAAAGAACUCGAAAAGGAUAAGAAAUAUGUUGUCCCUGAAGAGCACUUGUGGAGAAUUCUUAAUUGCCUCGCAAGAGCAAUUCUGAUCCUUGAGCAGGGAUCCGACAAUCCUGCUGUUCCUGACGCCGAUUGGAAACGACCGAUCUGUCAUUUUGACAUCAAGCCUGAAAAUAUCCUGAUUGGAGAACGACAUUCAGGAGAAGAAACACACCACCUCCUUGAAGUUUUCAAGUUGGCAGAUUUUGGUCUGUCCUUAUUUGAGAGUAAAGAUUACAACAGCACAAGUGACACACGCCUCGAGAAAUGGCAAAUAAGUUCGGAAUGGAGAGGCUCUCCAAAUUUUACAUCACCUGAGCAAUGGCACAAACAGCACGAGGAACGUUACAUUGGUCGCAGAACAAAUGUCUGGGCUGUUGGGGCCGUCAUCCAUCGAAUUAUUUGCAAAGGAAAUAUCAAUAUGAAUAAAUGGUAUCCACGUCCAUCUGAAAGUGGUGGUAUUAGUCUGAUGACAACCGGAGAGUCUAAAAAUCUUUGGAAUCCAACGAUCUGCCCUUACAGCUCUAAAUUGAUUGAGACGGUUGCCUCUUGCCUCAGCCAGAACCCCAGUGAGCGCAUGACAGCAGCCGAUCUGUUGACAAAAACGCGAUCUGUUCUCGAAGUUUACGAUAUGGGAUUCCGAAUCCCCAAUCCUGAUGCUUUAAGAUUGGAAAAUACGCCCUCUUUCAACAAACCUCCUAAUGCAUCCUUCGAUAGAUUCACGGGAACACCUCCAAAAGUGACUGAUGUAACGUAUGCCGAUGAAGAUUCUGGAAAUUUUUCGAACCGAUACCGGCCACCAAUUGCAGUCAGUUCGGAGCAGCCUUAUGGUCCUCUCUUCCCGGAUUUUAAAGAAGAAAUCCGGGUGCCAGAGUCCAAAUAUCGGUUCCAACGGCUGCCCAAGACGCCUCCACCACCAUCGAAGAACCCACCACCAAAACGACGCCUCACUCUGGCAUCGCGUCAACCACUCGCACCAAUCCAGGAAGGUGUGGCCAGCCUUGUCUAUGGAAAGAGAAGGGCGCCGCCCGUGUCACCAGACGUUGCCAUGAAGAAACAACGUACGGACGACUUCAUACGGAGUUCAUUUGAGAUAGAUCCAAUGACUUUCAAAGUCGUCGAAGUUCCAAAAUUCAGUGUGGAAGAGAGUCCAUUCAAGCCCAAAACUCCGAGCCCAUUGGGGAAAAUACAACCUCUACUGCUAUCUUCAAAGUCGUUUGAAGAACGACUGAGUGCAGGCUUCAAGAGACCGAGUCCGGGACAAACACCAGCCUCAUUUCAUCCUAGCGAUGAAUCUAUGGCUUAGAUAAUCUGAGAUUCACGAUCGCAGUCGACAACGAUACAUUUCACGGACUGAAGGAGACUACUGGAUCUGAGCGCUGCUCUAAAUGAUAUGACUAAAAAAACUCAUCACUGGCUGGCACGAGAUAGUGGAUUCCGCUCGUGUAUCUUUUCAGUCUGGCCCUAAAUCUCGCUGCACUUUGGAUUGGGGCAUGAGGUCAAAGUACCUCCAGGGACAAUCUAUGAGAAGUACUUUGAAGACAUCUCUAAAUACACUUUAGUUCUCCUACUGUGUGCUGUACGUACUUCGUGGAAGCUAAAGUGUGGCGAUUAAAAC